AUGCUCUUCUACCCAAAGCAUGAAGAUGGAAUAAACAGCAUAAGACAAAGAGGGACUCUCCUCAAACCCACCAUCUGGGCUGAGCCAGCCUCUGUGAUGUCCUGGGGGAGCUCUGUGACCAUCUGGUGUCAGGGGACUGCGGAGGCCAAGGAGUUCUGCUUUGAGAAACAAGGAAGGACAUUUCCCACGUGUGGAGUAAUUCUACUGCAUCCGAUGGUCAGCGGCACGUUGAGCACCACAGGCCUCACAGACAGUGGUGCUGGGAUAUAUCGCUGUUACUAUUACAGCCCUAAUGGCAGGUCAGAGCGCAGUGACCCCCUGGAGCUGGUGGUGACAGGAGCCUACAGCCAACCCAGCCUCUCAGCCCUGCCCAGCCCUGUUGUGACCUCAGGAGGGAACGUGACCCUCCAGUGUGGCUCAGGGCUGGGAUUUGACAGGUUCAUUCUGACUAAAGAAGGAGAUCAGAGGCUCUCCUGGACCCUGGACUCACAGCGACAUACCAGUGGGCAGUUCCAGGCCCUGUUCCCUGUGGGCCCCGUGACCCCCAGCGACAGAGGGAAAUUCAGAUGCUAUGGCUGUUACAGGUACAGCCCCCAGGUGUGGUCAUACCCCAGUGACCCCCUGGAGCUCCUGGUCUCAGGGCCCUUCCCCAAACCCACCCUCUGGGCUGAGCCAGGACCAGUGAUCUCCUGGGGGAGCCCCGUGACCAUCUGGUGUCAGGGGACCCCAGAGGCUGAGGAGUACCGUCUGGAUAAAGAGGGAAGCCCAGAACCAUGGAAAAGAGAGAAGCCACAGAAGACUGGGGACAAGGUGAUGUUCUCCAUUCCACUCCUGACACAGGGUGAUGCUGGGAGAUAUCGCUGUUACUAUCUCAGCCCUGAUGGCUGGUCAGAGCCCAGUGACCCCCUGGAGCUGGUGGUGACAGGAUCCUACAGCAAACCCAGCCUCUCAGCCCUGCCCAGCCCUGUCCUGACCUCAGGAAGGAACGUGACCCUUCAGUGUGGCUCAUUGGAUGCAUUUGACAGGUUCAUUCUGACUAAGGAAGGAGACCACAGGCUCUCCUGGACCCUGGACUCAAGGAGACAGCCCAGGGGGCAGUUCCAGGCUCUGUUCCCUGUGGCCCCCAUGACCCCGAGCGAUAAUGGGCCAUUCAGAUGCUAUGGCUAUUACAGGAACAGCCCCCAGGUGUGGUCACACCCGAGUGACCCCCUGGAUCUCCUGGUCUCAGGUGAGUCUCAGAAGCCCUCCCUCCUGACCCAGCAGGGCCCCUUUGUGGCUUCUAGACAGAGCCUGACCCUCCAGUGUCGCUCUGAUGUCGGCUAUGACAGAUUCGCUCUUCACAAGGAGGGGGAACGGGACCUCCCCCAGAGCCUUGUCCUGCAGCCCCAGGCUGGGCUCUCUCAGGCCCACUUCCCCCUGGACACUAAGAGAGGCACCGGGGUGGGGGGUAUAUAUGCUAGAGUAGGAAGAACCUUUUCUUUGAGUGGUUGGUCCAGUGAUGCCCUUGACAUCCUGGUGGCAGGACACCUGCCUGACACACCCUCCCUCUCGGUGCAGCCAGGCCCCAGGGUGGCCUCAGGAGAGAACGUGACCCUGCUGUGUCAGUCACAGAGCCCGAGGGACACGUCCCUUCUGUCCAAGGAGGGGGCAGCCUAUCCCCUCCUGCUUCUGAGCUCAGAGCACCGAGCUGGGCAGUACCAGGGAGAGUUCUCCAUGAGCCCUGUGACCUCAGCCCUCAGGGGCACCUACAGGUGCUACAGCUCACACAGCUCCUCUCCCUUCCUGCUGUCACUCCCCAGUGAGCCCCUGGAGCUCUUGGUCUCAGGGCCCCUCCCCAAACCCACCCUCUGGGCUGAGCCAGGCCCUGUGAUCCCCCAGAGGAGUCGCCUGACCAUCUCCUGUCAGGGGACCUCAGGGGCCACGGAGUACCGUCUGGAUAAAGAGGGAAGCCCAGCCCCAUGGAAAAGAGAGAAGCCACUGAAGCCCGGGGACAAGGCGAUGUUCUCCAUUCCAUCCAUGACAGAUCGUGAUGCUGGGAUAUAUCGCUGUUACUACCUCAGCCCUGAUGUCUGGUCAGAGCCCAGUGACCCCCUGGAGCUGGUGGUGAUGACAGGAUCCUACAGCAAACCCAGCCUCUCAGCCCUGCCCAGCCGUGUUGUGACCUCAGGAGAAAACGUGACCCUCCAGUGUGGCUCACGGCAGGGAUUUGGCAGGGUCAUUCUGACUAAGGAAGGAGAUCACAGGCUCUCCUGGACCCUGGACUCAAAGCAACAGCCCAGUGGUCAGUACCAGGCCCUGUUCCCUGUGGGCCCUGUGACCCCCAGCCACAGGUGGACGUUCAGAUGCUAUGGCUGCUACAGUAAAAAGCCCCAGGUGUGCUCACUCCCGAGUGAGCCCCUGGAGCUCCUAGUCUCAGGGACAUUCCCGAAACCCACCCUCUUGGCUGAGCCAGGACCAGUGAUCCCCCUGGGGAGGCCCCUGACCAUCUCCUGUCAGGGGACCACAGGGGCCUCAGAGUACCGUCUGGAUAAAGAGGGAAGCCCAGCACCAUGGAAAAGAGAGAAGCCACUGAAGCCCGGGGACAAGGUGAUGUUCUCCAUCCCAUCCAUGACAAAACGUGAUGCAGGGAUAUUUCGCUGUUACUAUCUCAGCCCUGAUGGCUGGUCAGAGCCCAGUGACCUCCUGGAGCUGGUGGUGACAGGAUCCUCCAGCAAACCCAGCCUCUCAGCCCUGCCCAGCCCUGUCGUGACCUCAGGAGGGAACGUGACCCUCCAGUGUGGCUCAGGGCAGGGAUUUGACAGGUUCAUUCUGACUAAGGAAGGAGAUCACAGGCUCUCCUGGACCCUGGGCUCACAGCCACAGCCCAGUGGGCAGUUCCAGGCCCAGUUCCCUGUGGGCUCCGUGACCCCCAGCAACACAGGGACAUUCAGAUGCUAUGGCUGUUACAGGCACAGCCCCCAGGUGUGGUCACAUCCCAGUGAUGCCCUGGAGCUCCUGGUGUCAGGACACCUGCCUGACAGACCCUCCCUCUCGGUGCAGCCAGGCCCCAGGGUGGCCUCAGGAGAGAAUGUGACCCUGCUGUGUCAGUCACAGAGCCUGACAGACAAGUUCCUUCUGUCCAAGGAGGGAGCCGCCAAUCCCCCCCUGUGUAUGAGAUCAAAGUACCAAGCUCAGCAGUACCAGGCAGAGUUCUCCAUGAGACCUGUGACCUCAGCCCACAGAGGCACCUACAGGUGCUACAGCUCACACAGCACCUCCCCCUUCCUGCUGUCACUCCCCAGUGAGCCCCUGGAGCUCCUCGUCUCAGGACCCUCUGGAGGCCCCAGCUCCCCAGCCACAGAGCCCAUAUCCACAGCUGGUCUCAAAUGGUACUGGAUAGUGGUCUUAGUGGCCUUGGUCCUGCUGCUCUCCCUUCUUCUCUUCCUCCUCCUCCGACAUCGGCGUCAGAGCAAAGGCAGGACCUCAGGGGAAUGUUUGGACAUGAAGGACAGACAAGCAGAAGAGAACAGACAGAUGGACAGUCAGGCUGCAUCCAAUGUCCCCCAGGACGUGACCUACGCACAGCUGAACCUCUUGGCUCUUAGACAACAGACAGGGGCACCCCCAUCCUCCCCAUCACAGGAGCCCUCAGAAGAGCCCAGUGUGUAUGCUGCUCUAGCCAUCCACUAGCUCAGGAGGUUUCCAGACCCCACACUCCAGGGAGGGGGCCUGCAGGGACCCCAGAAGGCAGGAAGGUUGCCAACAGUCACACUUGGCUAGUGCCUCACCCACUGUGGAGACCUGAGGUGCCCCUGGGACUCUUGAGGAUUCACAUUUAUUCUAUAGUCAAAGAUAAGCCAAUGUCUCUACAUUUGGAAAUCAAGGCAACAGACUUCCUAAGACUCAAUGUGUGAACAAAAACAAGUGAAUGUUUUAACUGGAGUUGUAAUGUAAAUAUGACACAUCAAACCUAUGAAAUAAUAAAAUUAAGAACCUUAAAAA